AUGUUAGAACGUUUAUACUUAAAUAGAUGUGCUAUUUUUAAUGUUUUAACAGAUAAAAAUAUUACAAAUCGAUCAUUAGCUGAAAAAUUAGAAAUAAAAGAAACUGAAUGGACAUUGAUCGAUUCACUUAUUAAGGUUCUUAAGCCUAUCGAUAUGACCACAACUGUUUUAUGUACUGAAAAGCACUCUCCGAUUUCGAUGAUUAGACCAAUAAUAAAAAAAAUUAUAGAAAAACAUUUAUUACCUAGUGAUGAUGAAGAUACUGUCAUUCAGAGUUUUAAAAAAACAAUAGUGUUAGAACUUGAACGCCGAUUCUUUCUCGACUUGAGUCCAACAGAACAAAUACUGCCUGAACAAAUUGCAUCCUUCCUUGAUCCUAGGUACAAAGAUUUAGAGCAUGAGGCGUUAUCCACGCGUGAGGAAAUUUGCUCGAGAGUAAAAGAAAUUUUAAGUAUGAGCGACACGAUAAAUUUGAAUGAUAAGGUAUUGAAUAAUUUAGGAGACCAGCAAAAAUGCCAUAGUAAUGCUUUGGAAUAUAUUUAUAAGACUGAAUUUAAUGAUGAUGAUGAUUUGACGAAACAGUUUGAAAAUUAUAUAGCAGAACCACAAUUAAGGUUCACAUUGGACCCCAAAGAAUGGUGGAAAACUAGAUUUUCUAAAUAUCCUGUAAUUGGCGACCUUGCAAAAAAAUAUUUAACAAUUCCUGCAAUAUCGGUAAGUUCAGAAAGAUGUUUUUCGACGGCCGGUAACAUCGUUACUCGUAAAAGAGCAUCUUUAUCACCUGAAAACGUAAAUAUGCUUGUUUUUUUACACCAGAAUAAAUAUUUAUUGAAUAAAACAUGA